AUGACAGCUCAAAGGUUGGAAGCGGUAGGGGUAAAGAAUGCAACCGACAGAUAUGAGUGGGAUGAUGGAUCUGACCAUGAUGAUGUGACAACGAUAUAUGUGGAAGGUGGUCUUCAUCAAGGCAUACAGUGCAUCAAGUUUGAUUAUGUCAAGACUGGACAACCCACAAGAUCAUCUCAUGGUUACUCGAGGGAAGGUUUCACGCAGAUGUUUGAGAUUGACCAUCUAAAUAAUGAACAUCUUGAAUCUGUUGAGGGUUAUAAAAGCUUUACAAAAGGGAUUCAAGCACUUCAGUUCAGAACCAACUUGAGAGUCUCUGAAAUGAUGGGAUAUGCAAAUAGUGAAAAGUUUACACUAGCAGUCGAUGGGAAAAAAAUCAUUGGGUUCCACGGAUCUGCUUGGAAGGACCUCGGCACUCUUGGAGCAUAUUUCAUAGAAAUUCUUCCUACAAGAUUGGAACCGAAAGGGGGCGAAGGAGGCGAUGAGUGGAAUGAUACUGGGGAUGAUGGAGCUGACCAUGAGGGUGUAACAAAGGUUACUGUACGAUGUGGUUAUGAAGGCGUACAAAACAUCAGAUUCGAUUAUAUUAACAAGGAUGGACAUGUGCAAGAAGGGCCACUCCAUGGUUCUACCCCGGAUGAAGGUUUCGACCUAGUGCCGUUUGAGAUUAACCAUCUCGAGAAGGAAUAUCUUUUAUCUGUGGAUGGUUACUACGACGAGACUUCCGGUGUGAUUCAAACACUUCAAUUCAAAACGAACAUGAAGAUUUCAAAACAGAUGGGAAACGGGAAACGGGGUACCAAGUUUUCGCUUGAGUGCAACGGCAUGAGGAUCAUAUGGUUUCAUGGAUAUGCUAAGGAGAACCUAAACUCGCUCGGAGCUUAUUUCACAAGGCUUCCACAUACAAAAUUGGAGCUUAUAGGUAACAGUAACGGAGACCACUGGGAUGAUGGCACUUUCCAAGGAGUUAGGAAGGUGUUCGUUCAUUAUGAUGAAUCUAUAAGGUCUAUUACCUUCGAGUACGAGAACCAAGGCAAAGUGGAAGCCCGUGAGCACGGGUUGAAGGCUGCAGCCGUUGGAAAAGACGCAGAGUAUGUACUGGACUACCCAAAUGAGUAUAUCACGUCCGUAGAGGGGAAAUUCGCAAAGAGUAAUGGUUACACGUAUAUUAGAUCGUUGACUAUCAAAACAUCAAAAGAGAGGACCUCUCCGACAUUGGGAAAUGCGGUUGGGGAAAAUCUUUUUGAUUUCGUGCUGGAGAGCAAAGGUUGUGCUCUUGUUGGGUUCUAUGGAUGGUGUGACUAUGGUGUUGUACAUUCUAUUGGUGCAUAUUCUUAUCCCAUGCCUUUUGUUCAAGAUCCGGCAAAACUAGAAGCACAAGGCGAUGAUGAAGGAGCUUCCUCGGACAAUGGUGGUGUCGAUGGUGGUUGA